GUUCAGGAGUGAGAAUACGAAAACACGUGGAGCCCUUGGGUGUGCAAGUUCGGGGUGGAGGCUCUCCUCCGUGGCGAGCCGGUUCUGCCCCUGAAAGCGCCCUCCCCGCUGUCAGACAGGUUUGGAGGAGUGUUUCAAUCCACGCGGGGCGCCGCCGCGCGCUCAGAAUGGUGACACACCUGCUGGCUCCCCAGGGGUCUCAGUCCGUCUAAGCACUCCGAGGUGGUUGCCUCCCGCCUGGCAGCUCAAGGGCAGAGCGACCCGAUUUUCUACCCACCCGUGUGUCCUGAUACACUUUAGCGGUCGCCCUGGCGGACGGUAGGAUGCUAAAGGUGGAAACCCGAUCUCAGUGAGAUUUGAGCCUGUGGAAUCCAGGUGAAAGGUCGCUGUCAGUCGGUUUGUGCGGCGGGGAAGCUUUGAUCCACAGGGCGGCAGAGGGCAGAAGAGGACCUGAGCCUCGGAGUGGUACUGCCCACAUUUGAGAAGGAUCUUCCGACCUCAGUUAACCCAAUCGAGGUAAUCCUCCACAGAUACUCCCAGAGGCCUGUCUCCAUCAUGAGUUUAGAGCUUGUCAAGUUAACAGACCUGUACAGAGAUGUGACUCCCACCCUGGGCUGUGCUCCCAGCCAUGGCUGACACCGUCUUCAGCAGUGGGAAUGAUCAGUGGGUUUGCCCCAACGAUCGGCAGCUCGCUCUGAGAGCCAAGCUGCAGACAGGCUGGUCUGUGCAUACAUACCAGACGGAGAAGCAAAGGAGGAGCCAGUGUCUGAGCCCUGGAGAGCUGGAGGUCAUCCUGCAGGUCAUCCAGAGAGCAGAGCGGUUGGACAUCCUGGAGCAGCAGAGGAUCGGGCGUCUGGUGGAACGGCUGGAGACUAUGCAGCGGAAUGUGAUGGGCAACGGCCUCUCCCAGUGUCUGCUCUGCGGGGAGGUGUUGGGAUUCCUGGGCAGUGCCUCUGUAUUCUGCAAAGACUGCAGGAAGAAAGUCUGCACCAAAUGCGGGAUCGAGGCCUCCCCCGGCCAGAAGCGGCCCCUGUGGCUGUGUAAGAUCUGCAGUGAGCAAAGAGAGGUCUGGAAGAGGUCGGGGGCCUGGUUCUACAAAGGGCUCCCCAAGUACAUCUUGCCUCUGAAGACACCAGGCCGGGCUGAUGAUCCCCAUCUCCGACCUUUGCCUGUGGAGCCCAUAGAACCCCAGCCUCAGAGUGCUGAAGCCAGCCGUGUCUACACAUGGGCCCGAGGGAGAGUGGUUUCCAGUGACAGUGACUCGGACCUCAGCUCCUCCAGCCUGGAGGACAGUGCCACACCCACCGUGGUCAAGGACACAAAAGGUGACAAGCCUAGAGGGGAUGCUGGUGGCAGCAUGGAGUUGCCCAGGAUGGGGCCUGCAUGCUCACCCAGCCAUCUCUCGGGCAGCCAGAGCAGCCUGGCCAGUGAGACUGGGGCAGGUGCCUCAGACCCACAGGGGGACAACCCACCCCGGCCUGAGCCCAGGGUGUCCGGUAAAAGACAUACAUGGACAACUCCCCGCUGCUGAUGUGACCACCUGGCAUCCCUAGGCUGAGGCAGACCCUCCAGAGGCAGAUUCGGGGAGAGAACACAAGGCUCCCUGACUCCUUGCUGAAGGUCCUUGAGGUCUCGCAAGCACCCUGAUGGCCUCGACCUCCAACUCAACAAACCAGUGUUUGGGGACCGAGUGCUUGUCCCCACCUAAUGCCUUGCUGCACCCUCCUAGGCAGAAAGCCUCUUUUUCUACCACCUCACUCAGUCCCCCCGCCACCGCCUUUAUUUAUUGUCCUACCCACCCACCCCAGUCAUCCCCAUGUUUGAUUUGCUUGGGUCUUGGGUUGGGCUGAGAGGGCCUUCCUAUAUGCACUGAAAUCUCAGUGGGGCCACCCAGGGCUUUCUUUGUGCUAAUGGUGAGAAGAAAUCUAACCCUGAGUAUGACCCUGCAAAGCUGAGCGAGCCCUCAGUGUGGAGCAGUGCCCUAUCUGCCCUAGGCCAGCCUAGGAGCUGGGUUUAACCCAGCUUUGAGGUUUCCCUGAAGCCCCUGUUGGCCUCCAGGUUUUUGCUCAGCCUGGGCACAUAGCUCCCCUGAUAUUAAAACACUUUUUGUUCUUCAAUGGAAAACAAGGCUCCUACCCUGUCUCAUGUUCACUGACCCAGCCUGGAAGUUUCUCAUUCUCAAACCAAAGAAGGCAUGAAAAAUGAACUAUAAAUGCUUCUAGAAAGCCCUUCCCUGGGGUGGGUGGGGGUAUGUGUCUAUGUCCUUCCUUCCCUCUUAGUCUAGUUCCAUCCUUCCCCACCACCAUCCCUUUAUCCUUGGAGUGUUUUCUCUCCAAGGCCACCACUGUUAGCCUUGUGCCCUUGCUGUGGGCAGAAGACAAAGAAACUCUCAGUUUCCCUGUGACAUGUAAUGCUUCAGGAUUAAAAUAAUCAACAUGAGAAUUUU